AUGAAUUUUCGUUGGGUCAUAUGUACUUACGUAGCGCACACCUGUGAUAAUUCCUCAACUUUCAGCAAUGGCAGCACUUAUUCCACAAACCUGAAUCUAGUUAUCAACGAUCUGUUUCGUAAUGCACCUCAAAGUUCAGGGUAUAACAUUUCUUCCCAUGGCCAAAAUCCCAAUAGGGUCUAUGGUCUGCUUCAGUGUACUGGAGACAUAUCGUCAGUGAAAUGCUCAAAUUGUGUGGUAGAAGUGAAUAGCAGUAUUCAUGAGCGUUGCCCCAACGACAUAGGUGGGCGAAUAUGGCUUGAUGACUGCUUCAUGCGCUAUCACAACACUAAUUUCAUUUCCACACUAGAUACUAGUGGAUUUAUUCUGUCGAACCCGAAUACUAUAACCGGUGAGACUUUCAAGUCCACAACCAGUAGCCUUCUGUCGAAUCUGUCUAACAAAGCUUACAUCCCUGCAAAUAUGGGAUUCGCUACUGGAUCUGCCAAUUAUUCCGCUUCAGGAAUGUCAUAUGGUUUAGUUCAGUGUUGGAGAGAUAUAUCAAUACAAGAUUGUACAUCAUGCCUGGAUACAGCAAAAGCAAUUAUCAACAAUUCUUCAAACCAAGGAGCCCAGGUUCAGUUUGGAAGCUGCAAGGUACGAUAUGAGACAUCUACCUUGUUUGACUCUGCUCAGUCGCCCACACCCUCCCCUGAGGGAUCAACUCCAAAUACUUCCACACCUGCCCUUCCUCCUGCUAAUGGAACUCCUCCGACAACAACAAAAGCUGAAAAGGCAUCAUCUUGGGAGCUCGAGUUGUGGGUAUGCAAAAGAUGUUCUCACAUUUGUACUUCAUAUCUGCUCCUGUCAGGAUCAAAAUGCAAUCUGGCACGCGGUGGCAGGUGUCUUGGAGAUUGCUCCUUGUCGGCUGAGUGUUCUAAUCAUUCUCCCAAAAUGAACAUCCUGCACAAAACUUUUAGGAACAACAAAAAUGAAAAGAUUGUGACUAGUCCUCCUCUUCAAGCUGGUCUUCUUCCAAGGAGCAGUACUUUUUAUGCAGUGCCUCAAUCUCAUCAGCUAGCCAAGAAAAGCCCUUCAAGCUAUGCAACUUAUUCAUAG